AGCGGUGCGCGGGACGCGCGCCUUGGCUGGGGCCCCUCCAGCGAAGGGCUCCUUCGGGAUGGGCUCGAGUGAGCUGCUGGCGUCGGGUUAAGCUUCUAUUGCUGCUGGACUAACGCCUCUGGGGUUGGCCUGGACUAAGUGAUGGGCGCUUGUUUGAUUAAGGGACACUAACAGUACUUACUUAGAGUCUGUCCUGAUUUAUUGCCCCCUCUCCUCUGUGAAGUCUCUUUGGAUUGAUUUAUACCGAUUAAGGCAGUGGAAAAAGUCCUUGUUAAAAAAUGGUUGCCACCUCUCUCUCCUGACUUCCUCAGUCCUUCGGACGAAGAGCCUGCUGAAGUCCGAUGGGAGCCGUGUUGAUGUGUCCAUGGUGUUUACAAAGGAGCAAAUAUCAGCAUGACUAGAGUCUGAGGAAGGGCUUCUUUGUUCCUGCCAGGAGUUUGCGGGUGCAGAGGAACAGUGCAAGCCCAGCAGGGACAUUUUAAGCUACCAUGGAUACCCCCACCGAUUUGGUGCCGUCCUCCAUGAUGUCCCAGCCUGAGGUGAUCGAGUCCACAGCCAUGAGCGAACCACAGUGCUACUACAAUGAAACCAUUGCCUUCUUUUAUAACCGAAGUGGAAAAUAUCUAGCCACUGAAUGGAACACUGUCAGCAAGCUUGUAAUGGGACUGGGGAUUACCGUCUGCAUCUUCAUAAUGCUGGCCAACCUCUUGGUAAUGGUGGCUAUUUAUGUCAACCGCCGAUUCCACUUUCCUAUUUAUUACUUAAUGGCAAACUUAGCCGCUGCGGACUUUUUUGCAGGGCUGGCCUACUUUUACUUAAUGUUCAACACAGGACCCAACACUAGAAGAUUGACUGUAAGCACCUGGCUUCUCCGUCAGGGUCUCAUUGAUACUAGUCUGACAGCCUCUGUAGCCAAUUUGUUGGCCAUUGCUAUUGAGCGGCAUAUUACAGUUUUCCGAAUGCAGCUGCACACUCGGAUGAGCAACCGGCGAGUGGUCGUCGUAAUUGUUGUUAUCUGGACUAUGGCCAUCGUCAUGGGUGCCAUACCCAGUGUUGGAUGGAACUGUAUUUGUGAUAUCACUCACUGCUCCAACAUGGCACCACUCUAUAGUGACUCCUACCUGGUCUUCUGGGCUAUUUUCAACCUGGUCACUUUUGUGGUCAUGGUGGUCCUAUAUGCUCAUAUCUUUGGGUAUGUUCGCCAAAGGACUAUGAGAAUGUCCAGACACAGUUCUGGACCCCGCAGAAAUCGGGACACCAUGAUGAGCCUCCUGAAGACUGUGGUCAUUGUGCUUGGUGCUUUCAUAAUCUGCUGGACCCCAGGAUUAGUCUUGCUGCUCCUUGAUGUUUGCUGUCCCCAGUGCAACGUCCUGGCCUAUGAAAAAUUCUUCCUGCUCCUGGCAGAGUUCAACUCUGCCAUGAACCCCAUCAUCUACUCCUACCGGGACAAGGAAAUGAGCGCAACCUUCAAGCAGAUCCUCUGCUGCCAGCGCAGUGAGAGCGCCAAUGGCCCCACCGAAGGCUCAGAUCGGUCGGCAUCCUCGCUCAACCACACUAUCUUGGCUGGUGUCCACAGCAACGACCACUCUGUGGUGUAAAACCACAGCCAGCCACGUGACCGACAAAGAGCAGCAGGCUACGCCACAGAGCGGGGUGGGUGCAUGGGCCCGGGGAAGGUAACCCACUCACAAUGUUUUCUUAAACACUAAUGGACUACAAGUGCCUCUUUUCCAGGGAGCCUGGCACACCAGUGCAGACCACCCCGUCCACAGGACUGGCCAGGAUGCAAGGCCUUUGAUUUCUACUUUAGAAAAGUAGAAGGUAGAUGCCUUGAGGCGGAGGGCAUCGAUAGCCCGUGGAAAGCUUCGCUGAGACUUUGUUGGACUUCGCUGCAUCUUGGUGCCAGUCUGAGUCAACUCUGAUUAAUUAAGCUUAUAACUGCUUCACUGCAUUUACACGUAGCCACUUAGUAUUUUUAAAAAGGGAGUAAAGGGGAUAAAAGUAUGCCUAUCAUUUAAUAGACAUGUAAUAUGUAUCACCAUCAGCAUGCUUGUGAUGAACGUUUUCUGUGCAGGGAGUAAAACUGUGCUCUAGUCUUUGUAUCCUUAGCCACAUUGCCAUAACUACAGUAAAAACAAAAGUAUUUUUUUCUAACACAGGCAACAGGAAGAUGAUGGAAACUGACUCUUCUUACCUUCAUUACUGGCGUUAGAGAAUGCAUGUUCUGUGUGUAUGCAGAUUGUUUUAAUUAUGAAAAAAAAAGCUCUUUGUAAAGUCUACAGGAAAGUAGAAAAGCAUAGACUGUAUUCCAAUGUUUGUUUAGAUUACGAAAUAAACAGUACUUUAGUCACAAUGUAUAUAAGGUUCUUCUUUGAAGUGCAGUAUGAAAUGAGUAACAUGUGAGGGGUACCAAGUUUUUUAUGGACAAGUUCUUAAGAUAGAACACAUCCCUAGGGCUCUUAAAGGGCUACAAUCAAGUUGGUAAAUUAAAAAAAAAAUGUAUUUAUGUCAUUGGAAUGUUUUUCUUGUUCAUGGCAAAAAACUUAAGCAUUUUUAAUGUGAAAAAAGUGUAAGUUUUUAUGGAACUUUUCUUGUAAUUGAAAACAAAACACCUUUUGCAUUUUUGCACUGAGAAAUAUUUGUAGGGUAUCUUUUAAAUUACUAUACCCUUCACUUCAAAAGCAUUGAGCUAUUAAGAACCGAGGUACAAUUUUAUUUUGUGAAGUCAAGACUUUACUACAUAUUCAUCUAUUGAAAAUGACUGGACUGUGCUACAGAUAAUAGGCACACAUGCACAUUGUUAUAAAUAGCUAAGCUAACAGGUGGACUUUUUCAUACCAGACUGUUUGGAAGAGAAAUGCCACUCAUGUGAAUAUCGGUUGCCCAGAAUCACUGACAUUAAAAAAGACUCCUUAACAGGGCUAAGUGUAAGCAAAGGUGGGAUCUUGCUGAUAAAAAACUUGGGACCUUUCUCUGUGAAACUGUAUGAUCAUCUAACAAUGUAAAAUAUAUCAAGAGUAAAUUCCUGGGGCCAUUUGUCUCAUCGUCAUUUGCCUCUAUACCAAAAAAAACCCAACACCCAAACAAAAAAAUAAACACUCCCAAAAAAACCCCACAAAAUAAAAUCAGAGAUGUAUAUCCUUCAGUGUA